CGUAGUUGUGUCUUUUGUCUUAGAACUUUAAAUAAAGAAUAUACUAAUAAAACUCGUUAUUUAUUUUAAAUUACUGUACCAGCAAAACCAGCAAAAUGAGUCGCAUUACGGAACAGAAGUUUCAAAAAGCAGCGUCAGCCCAGUCAACAAAUGUUGGGAAAAGAGUCCUCAAAAGUCAAAAGACAAAAGGCAAAAGAGCACCAAGAUAUAGUUCUAAUAUUUUUGCAAUGUUUGAAGAAUCCCAGAUCCAAGAAUUUAAGGAGGCAUUCAAUAUGAUUGACCAAAACAGAGACGGAGUUAUAGAUAAGGAAGAUCUUACUGACAUGCUGGCAUCCUUAGGCAAGAAUCCAACAGAUAAUUAUUUGGAUGAGAUGAUGAAUUGUGCACCUGGACCCAUUAAUUUCACAAUGUUCCUUACCAUGUUUGGUCAGAAACUCCAAGGGACUGACCCUGAAGAAGUUAUAAAGAAUGCGUUUGCUUGCUUUGAUGAAGGAGGCAAAGGAUACAUUCAAGAAGAACGCCUCAGAGAAUUACUCACAACAAUGGGUGAACGUUUGACGCCAGACGAGGUUGAUGAAAUAUUAAAAGAGGGACCAUGUUCAAGAGGACACUUUGAUUACAUAGCAUUCUCGAGAAUACUCAAACAUGGGAAGCCUAGUACACAAUAAAGCAUAAGCACUGAAGAUUCACAUCACACUCAGCAAUUAUUUAUUGAGACAAAAAAUUUCUGCAAAAUAGUCAGUAAGAGAGUUGACGAAAAUGUAUGAUAACAUGUUAACAUACGUUGGAUUUUGAUAUUCAAUGAUAUUAAAAAUUAAAAACAA